AUGGCCUCAACCACCUCCCCGGCCGCCUCCCUCCUAAAGCGCCAGCUCAAGGAGAUCCAAACGGGCAAAGACCUGCCCGGCAUCUCCUGCGGACUCGUCAACGACAGCAACAUAUUCGAAUGGGAAGUGAUGCUAAUGAUAAACGACGACUGCAAAUACUACGGCGGAGGCAACUUUCGAGCCCGCAUGGUCUUCCCUCAAACAUACCCGCACAUGCCACCGUCUCUGACCUUCCAAACGCCCAUCCCCUUCCAUCCGAACAUCUACGAGAACGGCAACCUCUGCAUAUCCAUCCUUCAUCCUCCCGAGGACGAUGAAUAUGGUUACGAAACCGCCGCUGAGCGGUGGAGCCCUGUUCAAUCCCCGGAAACCAUUCUCCUCAGCACGAUCAGCCUGUUCCAUAGCCCCAACGAUGAGAGCCCUGCGAAUGUGGAGGCUGCGAGGCUGCUGCGGGAGGAGAGGGAGGGGAAGCACAAGGAGUUCAGGAAGAGGUGCCGAAAAUGUGUUCGUGAGAGCUUGGGAGAAGACUAA